AUGUCUCAAACCAGAAUCACCCUCCACACUUAUUUCCGCUCAUCCUGCUCGGCGCGUUUACGCAUCGCCCUGGCACUCAAAAACCUCUCCUACACGCCCAUCUUCGUCAACCUACUCAAAGGCGAGCAACACGCGCCCACCAACACGGCCCUCAACCCCUCCGGCACAGUCCCCACCCUCAUCGUCGAGAACGACCAGUCCACCACCGGACCCGUCACCAUCACUCAAUCCCUAGCGGCCCUGGAAUACCUCGAGGAGAUCUCCCCCGCCGACUCGCCUUCUCUCCUACCCCCAGCCAGCGACCCGGAGGCGCGCGCCGUCGUCCGCACCCUAGCAGAGAUAAUCUCCUGCGAUGUCCAGCCCGUGACCAACCUGCGGAUCCUGAAGCGGGUGGCGCCAUUUGGCGUCGAUCGGACAGCAUGGUCGAAGGAGUUAAUUGGGGAAGGGUUGCGUGCGUAUGAGACGAUUGUGGCCCGCACGGCGGGUGUGUUUAGCGUGGGUGAUCGUAUCACCAUGGCCGAUGUGUGUCUGAUCCCGGCUGUGUGGGGUGCGCAACGCAGCGAGGUUGAUAUAACUGCAUUCCCAACGAUCGCACGCAUUGCGCAGAGACUAGAGCUGGAGGAUGCGGUCAAGAAGGGGCAUUGGCGGACGCAGGGGGAUACGCCGGAGGAGUUUCGUCUGGCUUGA